UGAUCCCCCCCGGUUAUAGGCAGCAGACACCGGCUCCCUCUCUGCUCCUGGGGGAGGACGAGAUUGGAGGAGCUCUCAGAGAGUUUUGUAGCCACGGGAAGCGUGUGUGUAACCCCAGCACUGAGUGAUGGAGCCAGGAUCCCCCACCCUGCAUGGCCCCUUAGGUGCUGCUGGCCUCCCUGAGCCCCUGGAGGCAGCAGAGGGAUGUGCCUGGCAGAGCCUCCGCUGCCUCCGUGUCCACAGACAGAAGAAGAAAGUGGCUUAUUUUGCCCACAUCUGCAAGCUCCUAAACCAGACAUCUUCCACUGGGGAUUCCUGCCUGGUGGCUUCUGCGCUGGCCUGGCUGGGCAAUCCCCAGCUCCUCGGGGAUGUGGCCCUGGAGGCCUCUCGGCUGUCCCGCUAUGGCAGGAGGAGCCACCUUGGCCACCGUGAAGUCGUGUUGGCCAUGAAGCUGGUGCUGCUGCGUGAGCUCUACAAGCCUCCUCCAGGAUCUUGAACCAUGAGCUGAGGCAGGAUAGAACAGUCUUUGUAAUGUUUUAAUGUGGUUUUGGUAAAUAAAGUACUUUUUUGCAUUGUUUAA